AUGAGUUCCAGCAGCGCCCAGAGUCCCAAGAGUCCCAAGGCGGCAUCUCCAACCCCGGCUGCCCCUGUUGCCCCCACGACUUUGCUCAGCGAGGAGGCUGCGACUGCCGCUGGUAUUCUUCCUGCAUCGCAUUGGGCCGAUCAGCCGCUCCCUGAAGAACAUCCGGACGACGACGGUGCUUCCACAAUUGGAUCGAUCGUCUCCAGCACCGUUUCCUUGAGUAGCACUAUAUUCGAGUACCGCACCCACCAUGGCAGAACCUACCACGGUGAUAUCGGUAACGCCGAGGCCUGGGAGCCCAAUGACAAGCGUCACCUCGAUUCCAUGGAUAUUGCCCACCAUACCCUCACACUAUCCAUCGGCGGAAAGCUUUUCCUGUCCCCUCUUGAUAAGAAGAAGGUUCAGAAGGUGUUGGAUGUCGGAACAGGCACCGGCCUUUGGGCCAUCGAUUUUGCCGAUGAAUUCCCCAACGCCGAGGUUAUUGGUACCGACGUGUCCCCCAUCCAGCCUUCGUGGGUACCUCCCAACGUCAAGUUCGAACUCGACGAUUGUAACCGCGAGUGGACCUGGGCCGAUAGCUCCUUUGACUUUAUUCACAUGCGAUUGUUGAUUGGUGUGGUUCAAGAUUGGCACGCUCUCUUCCGCCAGGCCUUCCGGACCUGCAAGCCAGGCGGCUACGUGGAGAGCUUCGUCAGUUCUGCCCAAUUUACGAGUGACGAUGGGUCGGUAAAGCCAGGCAGCGCCCUGGACCAAUGGGGCAAAGUCUUUACUCAAGGUGGUGAAAAAUUUGGACGAACUUUCAACGUUAUCGAGGAGGAUCUGCAACGGUCGGGUAUGGAGGCGGCCGGCUUCGUCGAUAUCGAGAUCAAGGACAUCAUGUGCCCGAUCGGUCUUUGGCACAAGGAUAAGGAGGCUGCAGAGAUAGGAAUGUGGUGGAAGAUGACGAUUGAGAUGGAUCUCGAGGGUUAUCUCAACUACAUCUGCUCCGCCCUGCUGGGCUGGACACCAGAAGAGACCAAGGUCUUCGCCAGCCACGUCAGGAAGGAAUGGGCUGAUCCCAACAUCCAUGGCUACGUCAUGUUGCGUGUCGCAUGGGGCCGGAAGCCAGAGUAA